AUGACUGAUUUUACCAAUAUAUCUACUCUGACACUUCAGGGCUUCAAUUUACCUCCUGAGACUAUUUUCCCUGCAUUUGUCUUUGCAACAGUGGGUUACCUGACCAUCCUCAUUUGCAAUCUUGUCCUACUCUUCACAAUCAUUCUUAAUAAGAGUCUUCACCAGCCUAUGUACUUUUUGCUAUUAAACCUGCCUAUAAAUGAUCUUAUAGGUUCUACAGCCCUGUUUCCACAAAUUAUUAAGGAACUCGUAUUGGAUACCAGGACAAUAGAGUUUUCAACCUGUGUCGCUCAAGCUUUCUUUAUACAUAUUUAUGCAACAGGUGCAGUAUUCAUUUUGACAGUUAUGGCAUAUGACAGAUAUGUGGCUAUUUGCUGCCCUAUGAGAUACAACACUAUAAUGAGUAAUGUACACAUAGUGAGGCUCAUCUCCUUGGUCUGGGUUUUUAAUAUACUAAUAAUAGCAGUGCUUUUUAUCCUUCUGUUGCGCUUACCACGAUGCAGAUCUUUUGUGACUCACACAUACUGUGACAACCCGUCUUUGCUCCAGCUGGUCUGCCUAAAUACAACUAUAAAUAACAUAUAUGGAUUGAUGACUGUAGCUGUCAGCCAGGUGAUAACAGUUGGGCUAAUUGCAUUUACAUACAUUCGAAUCCUUAUAGCCUGUUUUAAAAACAAAGGAUCUGAUACACGUAGCAAAGCCCUACAGACGUGUGCCACACACUUAACAGUCUUUCUCCUGUUUGAAUGUUUAGGCCUUUUCACAAUUAUUUCCUACAGGUUAACAGAUAUUUCUCCCCAUUUAAGGAAAUUCAGUGGAGUUGCCGCUAUGAUUUUACCUCCAACAUUAAAUCCUAUUAUAUAUGGACUAAGAACAAAGGAAAUCAGGAUACGAGCAUUAAAAUUUCUUCAAAAAAGGGACACCGAACACCUAACAGCCUCCACCAUCACCACUCCUCCGUCUGCGUCAACACAUCGCCCUAGCUCACCUCACUUCUCAGGAUGGAGCCCUAACGCCACAAAGCGUUCUCCUUCCAACACGAGGUAUGAAGUCGGGUGUCAUGGGGAAUCCGAGCGCAAUGCGGGCACAGCUGUCUCCUGCGUGCGCCGAAUUCAUUAUAGCAUACUCUAA